CAUUAUGUCACUCGUCUUUAUCUAUGAAACCACAGUGUCAAACAUGUUGUGAGGUUGUGUUACUAUAAACUUUUGUGAUUAAAUUUUGUUAAAUAAAACUUUAUAACAUGGGGCGCCGGUCUAUCAAUACCACUAAAAGUGGUAAAUACAUGAAUCCCACGGAUCAAGCAAGAAAAGAAGCACGGAAGCAGGAAUUAAAGAAAAAUAAGAAACAAAGACAGAUGGUACGAGCAGCCGUACUUAAAGGAAAAGAUCCGCAACAAAUUCUCGAGGAAAUGGAGAAAAUCGACCAAAUGGAAUUCAAUGUUAACCAGCCUUCACCUCUAAAUGAAAAAGUUCUAAAAGACAAGCGAAAAAAGCUGCGAGACACUCUUGAUCGUGUUUUGGGAAUGUACUACAAAGACGACCAAGAUAAGUGGUCGGACCUGAAAAAAAGGCAGUCUGAGUACGAAGCGAAAAAGUCCCAACUCGUAUCAUUUUAUGAGUCAGUUAAAACUGCCCAGAGUGUUACGGUAGAUGAUAUCCCAUUGCCGCAAUUACCCCAACAGAAUUCCGCCAACGUCAUCCCGUUACCCAACACGGAAAGGAAACCUGAAGUGGCCAUUUACUCCAUUGCAACAGCCUUAAAGUUGCAGGCCUUGGGUAUGCCUGUAAGAGAACCACCUGGUUGUCCUCCUGGCCCACCUCCAAAUAUUAAUGAUGAUGGAGAAGUUGAUGAAUACUUCUUCAAACACCCUUCAGAGGAACAAGCAGUGGAAGAUAAAUCGACCGAAGAUUCUGAUGGCAUUAUGCCGGGCAACCCGGCUGCGGUCAGCAAACCCACUUCUUUGCAACAGAAAAUGGUCGCAUUGUCUGGGCAAAAUGUCGAUGAAUUUAUGAAAGAAAUGGAGACCGUUCAAAAGAAAUUGGAUCAGCGCAAGGAACAAGAUCAAACAAAAUUAAUAAAUCAGAUGGAACAACUCAUGCCACCCGGUACUAAUGAGACUAUUCCAUCUUUGCCGUCCAUGCCGGCCACUAAUUUACCACCAUCUAUUCCUCCGCCUCUUAUUUUCUCUGGAACUGGAAUCAGGUUGCCUCCUGGACCCCCACCGGGUAGGCCGCUAAUGCCACCAGGGCCACCUCCUGGUUUACCGCCCAUUAGAAUAUCUGCAUCCGGACCGCGGUUGAUUCGAAUCCCCGUUCCUCCAUUAGUUCCACAGCCUUUACCGCAACUUAAACCAAAUGUUUUAUCUGCUGCGCCUCAACUGAUUAACAGGAAUGAUUCUAGUAAGCACGGUGCCACAAUUUCUGCUAAGCCACAAAUUCGAAACCUUAGCGCAGACGUUACACGAUUUGUUCCAUCCGCAUUAAGGGUGAAAAGAGAGGAAAGGAAGAAUAAACCAGUGACUAGCUUGGUUCGGGAACUGAAGCAAAAGGAAAUGAACCUGAAUAGCCAAAUAGCGGCAGGCAAGCAUACGAAAGACGACGCUUACAAACAAUUCAUGGAAGAGAUGGAAGGUUUAAUGUAAUUAGCUUAUUACAUUUUAGCAACGUAAUUGAAUGUAUAUAUAAUUUGUAAUAGAAUGGAACUGUGAACGAAAAAAAUCGAGAUUGAUUAAAAAUUAAAACGGGUUUCUGUU